AUGUGGCAACCGAAACAGCCUGGGGUGGACAUGAAGCCCGAAGCUUCAAGAAAAGCUCAAAAACGAAAGUAUCCGGAUAACAGUGGGACAGAGACAGAGUCUGAAGGUUUGGGACAAAGUACAAAAACCAAAUGCAAGGAUGGAACAGAAAUGCUAUUUAAAGAACCCGGAAAGGCUUGGAAGAAGACCCCUCAGAAGCAACAAGACCUCAAGCUUGAGAAACACCAGCCAGGCAAGGGUCAGGUACAGAAAGCCCAGGAAGAGAGUCCAAGACAACUAAAACCCAUAGAGGGUACCAAAGGGCCUCCAGAGCAGGCUGUACCUGAGGGGAAGCCUGCUGAUGCUCGCAAGGGUCGCAAGCGCCCCUACUCCACCAUCGAGAAAAAGGAACAAAGCCCCCCAAAAGAAAAGCACGGAAGGUUGUCACAGAAGAGAGAUCCAGAGAGAGUGAGGAGGUGUUCAGAGGAGACAUCCAUUACACAAAAGAAAGAUGGUGUAAACCAUGGAGGAAGAAGGGGGAACAGCUUGGAGCCUGACUUACCGGGAACACCAGCUCUAACCAUCCUGGAUAGUGGCAGAGGUGACAGGUUACUCCCCAACAAGAUGGCAGUACUUGCGGCAGAGGAAAAGCCUCUCACAAACCUAGAAAAGGGCAGAGAAGUGGAUCAAAAUUUUCAUGUUACAGAGGACAUGGAAAAGGAAAUUAGGAGUGCCCUGGGUCCAGGACCCCAAGAGGAAAUCCUAAGUAGGGGAUUCAAAUUGCAAAUCACCCGAAGAGAUAUCCAGACCCUCAAGAACGGUCAGUGGCUCAAUGAUGAGAUUAUCAAUUUUUAUAUGAACCUUCUGGUUGAGAGAAACGAAAACCAAGGCUACCCCGCUCUUCAUGUGUUUAGCACUUUCUUUUACCCCAAGCUAACGCAGAGCGGUUACUCUUCUGUCAAAAGAUGGACUCGAACAAUUAAUCUCUUUGACAAAGAAAUGAUCCUGGUGCCUAUUCACCAGAGGGUACAUUGGAGCCUGGUGGUGAUCGAUUUGAGAAAACGAAAUAUCGUAUACCUUGAUUCCUUGGGACAGACAGGGAAAACUAUCUGUGAGACCAUCUUCCAGUAUUUACAAAACGAGAGCAAGACUCGAAGGAACAUCGAGCUGGACCCUCUGGAGUGGAAACUAUACAGCAUGUCCACAGAGGAGAUUCCUCAGCAACUGAAUGGGAGUGACUGUGGCAUGUUCGCCUGUAAAUAUGCAGAUUACAUCGCUAGAGACCAACCUGUCACCUUCUCUCAGCAGCACAUGCCCAUCUUCAGGAAGAGGAUGGUAUGGGAAAUCCUGCACAGUCACUUACUGUAA